AAUUCGCAGUUUCUGUUUGCUUUUGGGGAAUUCAUUGAGGAAUCUCGCUUGCCGCAUUCUCGACAUAUGAUAUCCCACAGCAACAACAAAAAUCCAAGUUUAGAAAUUUCUGAUUCGCAUAACUCCGCUAAGGCGUACGCAUGAAUUCUAAAAUCCGAAUACUCACAGUCAAUGCCGCAAAACAACCCUUCCUGAAUGCCAUGCCGCAUGCAGAUGGAUUCCCCGUUCUCUACGUCCUCACAAAACGAGUAUUACGGCAUCAAAUAUGCAUCACUGGGCCUCAUUCACGCACAAAUUUCAUGCAUAUGAGUGGCGAGAUGAUGAAACAAAGCAAAUAAAUUGCACACACCAGACAGACAGUGGAGGAAAAUGUCAGUGGGGAAGUGGGAGGGAUACGACAAUGCGUCUGUCAUAUAUGAUGUCCAAAAGGAAUUUUGUGGUGUUAGACAAAGUACAGCAACUCAACUGUCACAGAGACGCAAAGACCUUACGAAAAAAAAAACCACAUACAAAAUAAUAUAACAAAACAAAAAAAAAAACAAAAAUGUUUGGAAAAUUAAAAGCCAAGCCAGGAAUGACAGUGUGUCUGCGCUUUUGAAAGCUUUAUGAGCCAUUGCUGGCAUCAAACUGUCAUUGUGGACGAUGUCAUACGCCAGAAAUGGGAAAUUCUCCAAGGAUUUUUGGCGACUUGUGUCUCAGUUCACAGUGCUCAAAAUGGCAAAGAAAAAGGGUUGGAAAAGCAUUGACGCGUUCAUUGACUCCUGCUCCGGGCCUGCUUCGCAUUUGGCCAUAAUUCUUUUGACGCGAAUAUUCCCGCAUAAUGCUCACAGAAAAGUUUACACGCAAUAGAUUUUUAUGUCCUUUGGGCGAGUGCACACACCCAACAGCAGUGCGAAUUAUUCCAAUGAUUGCCAUACAUCAGUUUUGACUGCUGCUACAUUCGAAUGAUCUGGUUCGCAUUCAUCUGUGUGGCCCUGUUUAGCAUCAUCUCCUUGAGCAAGCGGACAUGGCAGCGCUUCCAAACCUCCCCGAUGGUCAUAUCCAUGGAUCGGAACAAGUUGGUGUGGAACACGAGCUUCCCCUCGCUGACCGUGUGCCCCCACAAGCGUAUCGAUGAGCUCAAAGUGGAGGAGUAUAUAAUCUCCCAUGGGGAGGACUUUGAGACCGAGGAGGAUCAAGAGGAUUUCCGUGAUUUUAUUGUGAAACUUGCGAGCCUCACAUACGACAACUUGGAGACGCUGCCACUGAACAAGUCGUUCGGGAUUUCGGGUGAAAAGUACUUGGAUUUGCUUUAUGAAUUGAAAUGGGCCUUCGAGCCGGAAAUCAGCAGCGGCGCCGCCGUCAAAAUGUUCAUCUAUGAGACCCAAACGGAGUUUGGCAUUUGCCAUGCCGUCAACUCGUUGGUCGCCCGUUACAAUUCCUUUGACUAUUGGCGCUCAAAUGAUUGGAGUAUCUUGGACCAUGGGGAUCGUGUGACAGUGCAUCCGUUGGAUGGUGAAAUCUACGCUCAGAUUAUCAACCUAUCGACGGCCUACGAUGUCUACUUCCAUGGAGCUGGGGAUGUGCCCAGCAUAUCCAAGCAGCGCUACACAUUCCCAGAGAGCGACUACACCACCGUAGAGUUGAUUGCCCUGGAAAUCUAUACGAAUGAGGAGGCCAGAGCUUUCACCACCAAACAGAGGAGCUGUCGCUUUAACUAUGAGGCCGAGGACAUGCAGUCGGUGCCCAUCUAUAGCUUUGGUCUCUGCCUCUCCGAAUGUCGCAUGUUCUUCGCUCUGCGUGCCUGCGGUUGCAUUCCCCACUUUUACAGGAACCGCCGUGAGCAUAAUCAUAUUCCAUUCACCCAUUCAUCCAUCCAGCCUUCUCAUCCACAUAGUAGUUGCCCCACUUAA